UGAUUUCCCUGAGGGUCCUAACAUUUGUGUCAUGUCAUUCUGUUUUGCAUAAUCAUCUACCUUGAAGAAGUAGAAGAUGUAUAGUGACCCAUACAAGCCAAACUAUGGCUAUCAUCGGGUCAACUUUAAUUAUUCUAUUUUUGGUUAGCUUUCAAAACCUCGUUAUACUAAACGGACAAGAGUUUGCCGCCGAGGGUAGGGGUACAAUCGUGCCCGCUCCGAAUUUUAACGCUCAAGCAGACGCGAAAGUAUUGCGGAGCGCGCUUAAAGGAGGCGGUACGAAAGAUAAAAGAGUGAUAGGUAUCGUAGCCGGAAGGAGCAAUGCUCAAAGACAGCAAAUCAGGGAAGCUUACAGACAGCAAUACACAAAACUUUUGAUUAGUAAUAGGGAUUUACUCAAAGAUAUCAAAGGGGAUACCUCAGGCAAUUACGAAAAGUUAUUGGUAGCCUUAAUGACUCCAACUGCCCAAUAUAACGCGAAAUUAGGAUUCAAAGUCACAGGAAAUCCAGCCACCUAUUUUGCUAAAAGAUUGCGGAAGGAUAUGAGAGGAUUAGGAACGAAAGAUAAUGAUUUAAUCAAAAUCAUAACGUCUCGAUCGGAGAUUGACUUGGAAGACAUUAAAAGAGAAUAUAACAAGCUAUACAAAAAGAGCUUGGAGGCAGCUGUCAGGGGUGACGUAACGGGGCAUUAUCAAGAUCUGUUGGUAGCUAUCAUCAGAGGAAAUCGAAGAUCAUAAUACCAUCGGAUUUUACUAUCAAAUCCCAUAUUAUAUACAUAUAUAAAUUAUAUUUGUUCUUAGAAAAAACACUUAAAUUACAUUUG